UGUACAUGGCCAUUUCCAACUACAAUAAAAAUAUAUCCCACGGCAUUCAGUGGUGUAGUUGAGGAGGAUUACUAAGUGAUUGUUUAUUGAGUCGUCAGAUCAUCAUUUGUUUCUGCAAGAUUGAAAAUGGCAGAGAAACCAGAGUUUUCUUUCUCGGGGUCAAUGAGUAAAGGCAGAAGCAGGACAGAGUCUUUGUUCCCUAUGGUUAUCGCCGCACCUAGCGAGCAGGGUUUGUCAGGGUUUAUGACUACCUUUCUUAUGGGAGGGGUUUCUGCUGCAGUGUCAAAAACUGCCUGUGCUCCCAUUGAAAGAGUGAAACUGCUGAUUCAAAACCAAGAUGAAAUGUUAAAAACAGGCCGCCUCUCUCAUCCCUACAAGGGAAUUGGGGAAUGCUUUUCUCGUACAAUCAAGGAUGAAGGUGCACUUUCACUUUGGAGGGGGAAUGCAGUGAAUGUUCUCCGUUACUUUCCCACUCAGGCUUUGAACUUUGCCUUCAAAGAUUACUUCAAGAGUCUGUUCAAUUAUAAGAAGGACAAGGAUGGGUAUUGGAAAUGGUUCGCAGGAAAUGUGGCUUCUGGAGGUGCAGCUGGUGCAACAUCAUCUCUUUUUGUGUAUUCCUUAGACUAUGCCAGAACUCGGUUGACUAAUGAUGCCAAAUCUGCCACCAAAGGAGGAGAGCGCCAAUAUAAUGGUCUUAUUGAUGUCUACAAGAAGACUUUACGAACAGAUGGUAUUGCUGGCCUGUACCGUGGAUUUAAUGUAUCCUUGGGAGGAAUUAUUGUGUAUCGUGGUUUGUAUUUUGGAAUAUAUGACUCUGUCAAGCCUGUGCUUCUGACCGGUGAUCUUGAGGGUAAUUUCUUGUUGAGUUUCCUGCUUGGAUGGGGUGCUACAAAUGGUGCUAGUUUUGCUUCAUAUCCAUUGGAUACUGUUCGACGUAGAAUGAUGAUGACAUCUGGUGAAGCUGUCAAGUAUAAGAGCUCAUUUGAUUGCUUUGCAUAUAUCGUUAAGAAGGAAGGUGCCAAGUCUCUGUUCAAGGGGGCAGGAGCAAAUGUAUUACGGAGUGUAGCUGGAGCUGGUGUUCUAGCUUUCUAUGACCAGUUGCAGUUGCUUAUUAUAGGAAAGAAAUAUGGCUCCGGAGGUGCUUAAGUUUUAAAUAGUUCUGAUAAUGACGAAAAUCUGCAUUGUUUUAAUUUCUCAUACCAAGGAAUGUUAUUUAUUUUUUCAUUAUUUUAGUGGGAUGCACCACAUACCAUUGUAAUAUUGUUUUAAGUAUUUUCAACUUUUAAAUACCAAUGUUUAUUUGUCA